AUGAAUAUUGAAAUAUUUCUAAUUAUCUUAUUUUAUUUAAUAAAAUUAACCAAUACAAUAAAUAUACAUUUUUCAAAUCCAUUACAACGUUUUAUUUAUGACGAUUUUACAAAUACAAUUAUUUUAGCAUCUGUUAAUCAUAUAUAUUCAUUAAAUGCUAGUAAUUUAUCAAUUAUAUCAGAUAUAAAUAUAUCAUCAUUAGAAAAUGAUAAUCAGUGUUCAAUAACAAAUAAAACAUCAUUAUUAACAAAUAUUUAUUCAUUUCCAACAUUAUCCUAUUUAUUUCCAUCAUUAAAUAGUACAUUUAAUCAAUUACUUUUGUUAAUCAAUGAUUCCAUAUUAAUAUGUUCAACAUCAAAUCGUGGUGGUUCAUGUCAACUACGUUCAUUAAUUAAUCUUAAUUUAUUAAAAAAUUCAUCACAACGUAUUGUUUCAUCAUCACCAUACUUUCCAUCCAUUGGUUUUAUAAGUGAAAGUAAUCAUGUAUUAUAUUUAUCGAAUACAUAUGACAUAUUGUGUGAUCCAUUUUACGAAAUUCCAACAAUAAGUGGUCGAUCAAUAGGUAAAGACUUUUUAUCAAUCAUUAAUUUAAAUUCUGGUCAAUCUGCAUUACAAAAAUCCACAUAUACAUUACGUUUAUUAAACAUACGUUUAAUAAAAGAUUUUUUUCUUUAUUAUUUAUAUGGAUUUGAACAUAAAAAUAUAUCAUAUUUUUUAACUAUUCAACAAUCAGAUAUUUAUCAUACACGAAAAUAUAAAUUACAAACAAAAAUUUUACGUUUUUGUCAAACAUUAAAACAAUCAAUUAUUAAGACUUAUGUUGAAAUUCCAAUAACAUGUGGAAAAAAUUAUCAUUAUUUAGUUACAGCAAAAUUUUCAAAAGAAAAUAAUAUAUUAUAUGGCAUAUUUCGUAAUACAACAUUAGCUAAUUCAUCUGAUACAUCACAUGCUGUAUGUGCAUAUUCAAUUGAUUCAAUACGUGAAGCUUUUUUUCAAACAGUAAAGCGUUGUCUUGUCGAUGGAAAAGGUUAUCGUGGCUUAGGUUUUAUUAGUCCGGAUACACAUUGUGUAUCGAAUAAAAAUUUAAAUGAAAUCAAUCAUGAUUAUUGUCCAGAUAGUGAUGAUAGAUUUUUUCAAUAUCCUAUUGGUGGUCAUCGAUCAUUAGAACAAAUUGAACCGAUUAUUGAAUUAAAUGAAAAUGUCAAUUUUACAGCUAUUGAAAUUGUUUCAAUUGAUAAUGAUGUGAUGAUUUUAUUAGGAGAUGAUAAUGGAACUUUACAUAAAUUUCAAAUAUCGAAUAUUAAUGAAAUGAGUAAACAACAUUUUUCAUCUUCAAUGAUAAUUGAUUUAAAAUUAAUUAAUAAUAAACCAUUGUUAAGAAAUGCUAAUCUUCUCGUGUUGACUAAUAAUCAGAUAAUUAAACAAAAUUUAAGUACAUGUGAACAGUAUAAAACAUGUGAUGAAUGUUCAAAUGUUGAUCUUUGUCAUUGGUGUUCUAAAGAACAAAGAUGUACGCCUACGUUUGAAUGUAUAAAUGAAAAUCGUAGACAUAAAAAAGUUCAUGAAAUAAAUAUGUGUACAAGUAUCGAACGAGUUAUUCCAGAAACAAUGUCAUUACAUUCAUCAAAUAUCCAAUUAGAGAUUAUUUUUAAUAUUCCAUUACAACAUAAUAUUGAUGAGUAUCAAUGCCAAUUUCGUUUAACAAAUGAAAAAGAAUUUUUAUUUUACACUAAUACUAUUCUUCUUAAUGAUCAAACAUUAAAAUGUUUACCACCUAUAUUAAAUAAUAUAAAUCAAGCUGUUUAUAAUGUCGCUUUAUCAGUAUAUCAUUUAAAAACAAAUUUAACAUUCGGACAUUAUAAUUUAAUAUUUAUAAAUUGUUCAAAUUUUCUCUCCUGUUCAUCUUGUACUACAUACUAUAAUCAAUGUGUAUGGAACUUUCAAACGGUAAAUUGUAUAUCACAUGAACAUAAACGAUCUUCAUUAAUUAAUCAUAAACGUCUAAUAAAAAGUUCUCAUCAAUGUCCACUUUUUUAUUUACAACAAUCAAUAAAUCGUCUUGCUUAUAAUAAUAAUAAAACAUUAAUAAUACAUAAUGAACAAUGUAAUGAAAACAUAAAUAUCAAUUCAUGUCAAUUAAAUGAUUAUUUUAAACGUUUUUUAUUUACUUCAAUAAAUUCGACAUUUAUUAAAUCAACAAAUGAAAAUCAUUUAUGUUUACUAGAAUGUUCAUUUGAAUUAUCAAAUUCAGAAAAUUUUCAUCAAAUAUUAUUUCAUCGACCAAUACAUCUUGAUUUAUCAAUACAAUUUACAAAUAAAACAUCAUUUAUUAUUCCACGUACACAUAUUUCUUUAUAUCAUUGUGAACGUAUGGCAUUAAAUUGUACAUCAUGUUUACAACUUGAUCCUUCUUUCGAUUGUAUUUGGUGUAAUAAUAUGUGUAUGUUUAAAAAUCAAACAAUAACAAAUAAAUUAAUAUGUCCCAAUAGUCAAGAAUGUUUAUCACCUAUUAUAGAAACAAUUGAACCUUUAUUAUUACCAAUGAAUGGGGGCACAUUAGUGACAAUUAAAGGAAAUCAUUUUGAUUUAUUUAAUUUAUCGAUUUAUUUAGCUGAUGUGCCUUGUUAUUUAAUUGAAGAAGAGAGUUCAAAUAAUAAAAUUGUUUGCCAAUCCGGUGAUGCUGGAACAAAACCACGCACUGGCUUUGUUCAUUUAAAAUUCGAUUUAAACGGUCCACAAAUUUCUUCUCGUCAAAUAAUAUCAUAUAUAAGUCCAACAAUUAAUUUGAUUGAACCACUUAUUGGUAUCGAAAGUGGUGGUACACUUUUAACAAUUCAUGGUGAAAAUUUAACAUUAGGCAAUAGUCAUAUAUCAAUAACAAUUGGUAAUCGUCCAUGUCAAUUAUUAUCAAUAUCUCGUAUAAAAAUUCAAUGUGAAACAACUUCAUUUUCUCCUUUAAUGUUAAAUGAACAACAACCAAUAAAAUUUGUUUUUGAUCGAAAAACAAAAAUCAAUACAGAAAAAUUUUUUACGAUUAUUUCUAAUCCAAUUUUAUAUUCGUUUGAUAAAUAUCAUCAAUUUCAAAGUUUUAUGAGCGGCGGUCAUCAAUUAAUAAUUCAUGGGGAUAAUUUUCAUACAAUACAAAAUAUACGUUUAGAAUUUAAACGUAUUAUAUUUGUUUCACCAUUAUUUCAGAAUCGAACACAUUUAAUAUUUUUAACACCGUCAAUACAAGAAUUACAUUUAAAUAGCGAACACGAUUAUCAACAUGAAAUUGAAAUUAUUAUUCAUUUAGAUCAUUUCAAUAAAACAUCAUCAUUAAUUUAUAUAAAUGAUCCACUGAUUUAUGAAAUUGAACCAAUGUUACAAACAUAUACAAAUGAAUUAAUUAUUCAAGGUAUAAAUAUAACAGCUAUUGGACACACAAAAAAUGAUAUUAGUAUUCAUAUUGGAUGUGAUUUAUGUCCUAUUAUUCAUUUACAAUCCGAUAAAAUUAUAUGUCAACCACCAUUUUAUCGUCCGAAAAAAUAUUCAAAAACAAAUCGUCUCUGUUAUGAUUCAGAACAUCCAUGGAUUAUUGUUACUAUUGAUAAUAUACAUUCUCAUGUUGGAUAUAUGAUGUAUCCAAAAAAGAUUAUUAUUCUUGGCAUUAUAAGUGGGUGUUUAUUAACAAUAUUAUUAGUUGUUCUCAUUGUUCUUAUUGUUGUUUGUAUUAAAAUACGUUGUACUCAAAGAAAAUCUCGUCGACGUUAUUUAUAUGAUACUGGUGUAAGUUCAGAUGAAAAUGAAAAGGAACCAUAUAGCGAUAAUCUCUUAAAUCGAAAUUAUCAAAAGCUUCAACCAAUCGAAUCAAAUAUGAUCGAUUCGUCACCAUUAAUAACCAUUCCAAUACGUUCUUAUAUAAAUUAUUUACAAUUAUGUUACUAUUAUUAUUCUUAUGAUCCAUCAUUAAUCAUACCUUCAUAUGACACACCUAAAGAAAAUUUAAAACAUGAAAUUCUUGAUCAAUUUCAAUUAUUAUUUGAAAAUAAUGAUCAAUUUAUCGAAUAUAUUUGCACAAUUUUAUUAAAAUCAAAUAAUAAUAAAAGACUUCUUAAUAAUCUUGUAUUAACACAAAGAUAUCAUUUUAAAAAAUUAUUACAAUGUAAUAAUAAUUCUAUUUAUUUUAAUAUGUGUAUCCUAUUAGCUUAUGAUGGGUUGUUAACAAAUCAAAUAAGUUCAUUAUUUUUUCAACUUUAUUAUCAAUUAAAAGAUAAAAUUCAUUCGGGCCCUAUUGAUGCUAUCGAACAAACAUGUUCAUAUUAUUCAUUAAAUAAUACAACAAUAUUAAAUGAUCAAUCAACUAUAUUUAAUUCUAUUCAAAUAAUUGUUCAUAUUGACUCUAAUAAUUCUGAUGAUUUAUUAUUAUUACAUGUGACGUGUUUAACAUGUGAUACCAUAACACAAGUUAAACAGAAAAUUCUUCAUCAAUUAGAUUUAUAUAAAAAAAUUGAUUCCAUAUCAAUAAAUGAAUGUCAAUUAUAUUUAUUAACAAAUAUUAAAUCAAAUAAUAAUUCAUUUUCAAUAUCAUCAUGUUCAUCAUCAACAACGUCAUCAUCUAAUGUACCAUUAGCAAAAAAAUCGAUGUUAACACAAUUUUUUUUUAAUCGUACAAAUAAAUAUUCAACAACAACAACAACAACAUUAAAUGAUUCAUAUAGAGAUUCAAUUAGUUUAUUAUUAAAUGAUAUUGAUAAUACAAAUGAACAAAUAAAUCAUUGUAAAAAAUUGAAUACACUACAACAUUAUGGAGUUCUUAAUGAUGGUUAUGAAUUUAAAAUUAUUUUACCUUAUCGAAAUAAACAAAUGAAUUAUGUUAAUCAAUCAAAUAGUAGUCCUAAUUCAAGUAUGUUAUUUCAAGUUUUAGUUAAAGCAUAUUUACAAUAG